AUGGGAACGUCGGGGAAUUGUCUGCAGUGGAACUCAUUGGUGACUUCGUUUCAAGCGCAGCGACACCAUCGACAAGUCACUCAAACAGCGCCGCAGAUGGUUCUCUUUCGGUAUCAAGUUGCUCAUGUGCGACUGACGUGGGGAAAGUUGAACCAAUCAGUCACAGUGAUCCGGUCCAAUCAAACGAAAGGCUUGGUAGCUCGAUCAGUGCACUAG